AUGUUGAAAUCCCUAACAAACAUUGGAGUCUGUGUAGGCGUUGUGUUUGGUACAGCAGCUACAUUCAUAAGACACAGACAGAAUCAGCCUCUGAGAUACACUGCAGCAUCCAUCGUCGCACUCAUUGGUAUACGAGAAUUGCUAGUAAAAUCAAGUGCUAGAAACCAGUUGUCUCCAUUGCAACAUUUGAAAGUUUUGAAUUAUCAACCACGAUCCAUCUUCAACUCCAUCUCAACACCUAUACCACGCAAUGUCCAUAGCCGAUGCAUCUAA